AGUCUUUAAAUAGUGAUCUUGCAGGCUUUUCCUCAGGCUCCGGGGAGGAUAAAUUUUAAGGCUUCUGAAGAGCCACCAUGCCUCCAUCUUCAGCCCUAAAGAGUCUUCUUACCUCCUGGGUCCUCACAGCCUUGGUUUCCAGCAUUGUAGAGAGUUACAAAUGUACAAGCUGUUCUCUUUAUGGAUGUAGUGCCGAUAUGCAAAGAACUUGUGAAACCUCUAAAAGCUGCUUUGUAUCUAAACAAGAAUUAAGGGCAUCAGGGAUGCUCUUACAACAUGUUGAGGAGAAAGGUUGUUCUUCAAGCAAGUGUGUCCCAAGGACCUUCUCAGCAACACUGGGGGACGAUCAAACAUUUGGGUACAGCCACCAAUGCUGCGAAGAUGAGCUCUGUAACCAAGGGGACUUCCAAGUGCCUCAGAAGUCCUCAGAACCCAAUGGUAUUAAGUGUCCUGCCUGCUACAAUGUGUAUGACAUUUCCUGUGACCCAGUUCUUCUUGACUGCACUGGUACAGAGACAAAAUGUGUAGAAGUUAUUGGCAUAGAUCAACUCUGAUACAACAUAUGGGAGAAGACUACACAAGGGCAUUAAUACUAGGAGAUGCCCUCCAAAGUAUGGAGGUAGCCAUCUGUCAGAAGAGGAGAGGAGAGAGAGGAGAAGAGAACACAACUGCUUCCCAUAGCAGAGUGUGAGACUUGGGAACAUGUCAUAUCAUGAUCUGGAAUGGGACCUUGGGUCAUUGGCAACAAAGAGGGUGACAGCUCAGUUCUGGUUUUCAUCAUCACUGCCAUUAUUACUAUCAACAAAACCCCAUGACUAAGCACUUAAUUUUUCAUGCUGUGAUUCUGAAAUCUGCAGAAGGAUCUGCCAUUUUCUUGAGGAGAAGAAAAGUAUAUGUUUGUAAUAAGACACUCAUGCAUUAUUCAGAUAUAAAUUGGGAAAUUAACCUAGUAUUAGACUGUAUAGCCAGAGAGGGCAUUGUCAGUUUUCUGAUCAAUAUGUAAAAGGUUACAUGAAAUUAGUGGUGUUAUAGGAGCUUUUUAAAUGGUGGGAGAGAGAACAUGGUGGGAAUGGAGGCAAGUUAUGCUGUUUUUUUGAGGAGAUUUUGAGCGAGAGCCUGGGACUAUCAGGUGAAGGGACCCUUGCCUAGGUGAGCAGAGGUGAGCAACAAAAAUGGGAUGUCAUGAAGGAUACAGGGGAGGGAUGGGACCGUUGAAAGUGGCAGUCUCUCUACUCCAACUUGUCAUGGAAAGUACAGGCAUGUAAUUAGGUUCCAUAGUGAUAACAUCCACUGAACUCAUAGCCUUGGGGAAAAGUGAUCUUAUCUCAAAGGGGAUCUGCAUUGCUUCCCUCUGGUUUCCCCAAAGAAACAAAAGUAAAAAAACAACAGAUACCACAGGGACUUUUUAGCUGAUACACAAGUUCUGAUUGCAGGCUUUUCCCUCUCUUCCAACUAUCUCUCCCCUAGUCAGAAUGCAGGGUCUCCCACCUCAGCCAUGCAUCGGAGACACCAGAGGCCUUUUGGGGUCCCUCCUAAACUGAGUUAUUGGGCCCAAAGGGAACUAAGUCUUGGUCUCUGGACAGAGAUGGAGCUGUGGUUGUUGCUUCUUUCAUAGAAGACAGAGAGGGAUUCUGGGGCACUCUGCACCCUUUUUCUUCCCCUAGGGAGGUAGAUAAGAUAGGAUGUGGUUGAAAAAAGGAGACAAAAUGAGAGAGACUAACUCUUGGAUUU